UCUCUCUUCCCUGACCACGAACCCGAACAAAUUGCAGAAAACACCUCCGGACUUUCCCGAGCUUUUUUCCUCGCCAUGCCCUCCUCCUGCGUCUCCUCCCCCUCCUCCUCUCACCGCCACCAAUGCGUCGGCCGCCUCCUCGCUCCCCCCGUCCCGCGGGCGAGCCUCGCCGCCGUGCGGCCCUCUCUACGCCGAAGCUUCGUGUCCCUGAGGGCGACGAGCACCGAGGCCGCGGCGGGCCCGGACGUGGCGCCGACAGGGGAUGCUGGGAAGGCGGCGGCGGUGCGGGCGGAGAUGGCGGAGGCGGCGGCCGUUUGGUGCGCCUUGCACGGGCUCGUCGUCGGCGACCGCGCCGACCCGAGAUCGGGAACAGUCCCAGGUGUCGGCCUGGUUCAUGCUCCAUUUUCGCUACUUCCGGCACGUUUUCCAUCAUCUUUUUGGAAGCAAGCAUGCGAACUGGCUCCUAUUUUCAAUGAGCUCGUGGACCGUGUGAGCUUGGAUGGGGAGUUCUUACAAAGUUCUUUGUCUAGAACAAGGCAGGUUGACGAUUUCACUGCUAGGCUGUUGGAAAUUCAUGCAAAGAUGAUGGCAGUAAACAAGAAGGAGGACAUCCGCUUAGGGUUGCACCGAUCUGACUACAUGCUGGAUUCUGAAACAAAUUCACUUCUUCAAAUUGAGCUCAACACUAUCUCAACCUCAUUUCCUGGUCUUGGCUCCCUUGUUAGCAAACUUCACAGGAGCUUACUUAAUCGAUAUGGUGAAGUGUUAGGUCUUGAUUCUGAAAGGAUUCCCCCAAAUUGGGCAGCCAGUCAAUUUGCUGAAGCAUUGUACAAAGCAUGGGCUGAGUAUCAUCAUGACAGUGCUGUAGUUAUGAUGGUUGUUCAACCUGAAGAAAGAAAUAUGUACGAUCAAUACUGGCUCGUCAAUCAUUUGAAGGAAUCGCAUGGUGUGACGGCUAUUAGGAAAACUUUGGCACAGGUGGAGGCCGAAGGGCAGGUGCUCCCGGAUGGAACGCUUGUGGUAGAUGGUCGGCGUGUUGCUGUUGUGUACUUUAGAGCUGGGUAUGCGCCAAACGAUUACCCUUCAGAAGUGGAAUGGAGUGGAAGGCUUUUGAUUGAAGAGUCAUCCGCUAUUAAGUGCCCUUCGAUAUCCUACCACUUAGUGGGAACGAAAAAGAUCCAGCAAGAACUAGCAAAGCCUAAUGUUCUUGAAAGAUUUGUUGACAACAAGACACACAUUGCCAAGCUACGGAAAUGUUUCGCAGGGUUAUGGAGCUUGGACAAUGAUGAAAUAGUGAAAUCAGCAAUAGAAAAACCUGACUUGUUUGUCCUUAAACCUCAGCGAGAAGGUGGAGGGAACAACUUGUAUGGUCAUGAUUUGAGAGAAACGCUGAUCAGAUUGCAGAAGGAACAGGGAGAGGCACUUGCGGCCUACAUUUUGAUGCAGCGGAUUUUUCCCAGAGCUUCUCUUACUCAGCUUGUCCAGGGCGGUGUUUGCUUUGAGGACCUUACAAUCUCUGAGCUUGGAAUAUUCGGAGCUUACCUGCGGAACAAAGACAAUAUAGUCAUAAAUGAUCAGUGUGGUUACUUAAUGCGCACAAAAGUUUCUUCAUCAAACGAAGGUGGAGUUGCUGCAGGAUUUGCUGUUCUGGACAGCAUUAUCCUCACAGAUGAGUGAUGCAGGAAGGCAGCAGAGUUACAACUUACAAGUGACAGCAGGCACUGUUCUAGGAAUGAAUCUGACAGCAAAAAGGUUGCAGUGUCGAAAUUGUGUAGGAGCAUCUGUUCCUUUUGGCAUUGGAAACAAUGUGGAUAGCUUAGAAAAUAACCAAUUGCAUGCGCAACUUUGCCACACAUGAGAUGAGGAUGCAACACGGAUUACAAUUGGUUUAGCCCUUGGAAAGGGAGGAUAAUUGGAUAAAUUAGGUUGCAUGUGUUACUGUAUUCAGCUACAAAUGGUGGUCAGGUUCAGGGAUAGAGACCAUUGUUUCACUGGAAUGAUGUAGAUGUAAAAUAAAAACCCUGUUGGCAGGUGAGCCUGCCAACCUCAUUUCUCCCGCACUUCAAACAUGAUCAUAUGAUGAAUGUGAUGUUCUGCCUGGUUGUUGGUGCAGGAGUUCAGUA